AUGGGGACUGGACCUUCAACAGUUGACCAACCCGUUAACACUAAACCAUUAUCACAAGAUCCAGCUAAAAUAGAAAAAUUAACAAGAUUUUUAGAGGCCAAAGCAGCUAGAGAUAAGUCUGUUACUGUUGCUGAGUUAACUGACAAAUAUGAACAGGACAAGCAAAGUAUGAAGAUGUUGCAAGGAUUAUUUAAGAAAUUAGAUCCCAGAUAUGGCAUGGCAAAAACAGUAGGGGAAGUAACUGGUGAAAUACAGAUAUCAUUUAAAUAUGAUGUCAGACAAGAGAUUCUAUUGGUUAAAAUUAUUAAAUGUAGAGAAUUGAGAUGUGGUGGUAUUCGCUCUAAGACAUCUAGUCCAUAUGUAAAGAUGGAUAUGUAUCCUGAUAAUUAUAGUCAAGGUUCACAAGUCACUCAGAUAGUAGUAGAAGAAAACAAUCCAGUCUUUUCAGAGAUCUUUAAAUUUAGAACAAGUGAGAUAGAAUUAAUAGAGAAUAACCUGGUAGUUCAAGUCUGGGAUUAUGAUGCUAUCACUCAAGAUGAUUUCCUCGGUGAAGUGAUCAUACGUCUACAAGAUUUUGAUUUUAAUAAAUCUAUUGUUCACACAGCCUGGUAUAAUCUUAAUACUAGUACUGAUUUAAGUAUAACAGGUGAAGUAGAAGUUAGUUUAAAUUACCAACUUCCUGAUCAACUUACAGUCACCAUACAUCACUGUAUAGGCUUAUCUCCCCCUGAUGGUCAGUCCUCCGCUAACCCUUUUAUUAAAGUAGCUAUACCAGGUACAAAGACUGUACAUUCUACUGGAGUUAUGAAAAAUAGUUUAGACCCCAAGUGGGAGGAAAGUUUUGAUUUUUCUGUUGCUCAAGAGGAAUUUGCCUUCAGAUAUAUUGUUCUCCAUGUAAUAGAUGAUAAUAACACUGAAGGCAACUGUUCAUUAGGUCAAGUAAUAAUUGAUCUGGAUACCUUUAAUCCUGUUGAAGAACAUAGACAGACAUAUAAACUAGCUGAUUUGAAAAAUUCAGAACAUUUAAAGAAUAAGACUAUGCAGAGUUCAAUAUCACAAGAAUUACGAGAAUCUUUCCUAGCUCAUGCUGCAGUUCAACAUCCUAAAUUUCUCUUUCAAGGAGAUUCACAUACUGGCAAAAGAAUAGUAACCGUGACUUGUAGAAAGGCUAAAAAUAGAGCCAAGAUACGAGUAGUGGAUGGUAUACUGGUAGCAUAAGAAUAGGAACGAGUGAUUUCGAGGCAGCAUAAAAAGCCAGAACAAAAUCUGAUACACUACUCCAAUGCAAUAAUUUUACUUUCUUUAAAUACAUGGUGAUGGGAGAAAAAGUUUUUUUAAGAGCAAAAUCAAAAUGUACAUUUUCUUGUAAAAUACAAUUCAGUAUAUGUAAUCAAAUAUUAUUCACAAACUCACUCAGGUUGUUUUAUGAUUAUGUGAAUUUCAUUAUAAGCUAUAAAGAAGAGCUUUAUUUUAUUGUUUUGUUAAGGAACCUAUUGUCUGAGCAAAGCAAAAGGUUCUUUGAAUUUUGUCUAUAUCUUUUAAAAGGAUGGAAAUAUCAGCCUUAAAAUAAUACUGAUAGUCUGAAUGUCUUUGUGUUGACAAAUAUAUAAUUUUUUGUAAGUUUACAUUGAAAAGAAACACGUCUCGCUCCUAUAAUUUCAACCCAAAAAAAAAUAGAAAUUUUGGCUGAAAAUUGUCCUCUGUAAAAUCAAAUUUUAAAGACAUAAUGUAUGCUCAUAUUAAUAUUUUUAUCAAUGCAAAGACAUUUUAGACAAACAGUACUAUUUCUCAUAAAGAUAAUGGAAAAAAUCCAAAACACUUUUUUCUUUGCUUAGACAAUAGUAAGCCUGUUUUAAAUACUGAUUAUUUUACUUAAUGCACAAAUUAGUGGUAAUAUAUCACUGCAGAUUUUCUUUGUUUUGUUAAACAUUGAUUGUCCUUACAUAUUGUUUAAAUCUAACAAUAAUUUAAGAUUUAACAUAACAAUUUUUAUUUAUGAAUUUACAUUAUUAAGCACCUAUUGUUAUAUUGUUUGUUAUCUUUAUACUGUGAUAUUGAACUGUGAUAAUAUACAAUCUUUUAUUCUGUAUAUUUGAUUAAAAAUGUUACCUG